AUGCUUCUUGAGCUUGGCCGGACUACGGAAGCUGUGACAGCACUACACGAAGCCGUCCGUGUCCUAGGCGCCAGUGGCGGUGGUGACGCUGCUGGUGGCGCCGGAGUCGCUGGCACACUUCUUUCCAGGGCACUCGAAAUUUGGGCCUCAGAAGGCCAUCAGAAAGACCGUAGAGCCAUGGAAGAUGGGUCACGAAUGUCCAACAACCGAAAUUCAAACAGAAUUCGAGGCAAAGAUCGGAUGGAUGAACCGCGUCGGCGUGCACGCCCGGAUACCUACACAGAAGAGUGGACCGACGAAGUCACACACGCCGCGACACCAGACUCCGCUGCUACGAACGCCACUGCGGAGGCAAAUGUCGAAAUGGAGCUGGACGAGGAGGCAGACGGAUUAUUACGCAGGGCUCUUGGUCGGAUUCGACCCAGUCGUCAACGUCGUCCAGCCGAACCAAUGACUCCGGAGAUGAACACCAACGACACACCAGCGCGCAGUCGUGGCGUCAGAUCUGGUCGGAGUCAAUCCCGACAAUAA